AUGAAAGAGGACGUGCCCUCCAAUAUCACCAAUGAACAGCAAGGGUGGUUCUUGUCCGGCAAUGCCACCGAUGACUCCUUGUAUCUCUCCGAGGCUCCUCCUCUUCCUCUGAAUCCUUGGGAUGUGGUGCUUUGUGUUUCCGGGACCAUCAUUUCCUGUGAGAAUGCUGUUGUGGUGGCAAUAAUAUUUCGCACCCCUGCCUUCCGGACGCCGAUUUUCCUGCUGAUCGGGAGCUUGGCCACGGCUGACCUCUUGGCUGGCCUGGGCCUUAUCUUCCAUUUUGCCUUCAUUUACUGCAUCCAGUCCCAGGUGGUGAAUCUCAUCACAGUGGGACUCCUGGUAAGCUCAUUUACCGCCAGCGUGGGUAGCCUAUUGGCCAUCACCAUUGAUCGUUACUUGUCCCUUUACAAUGCCCUGACUUACUAUUCCGAAAGGACUGCCACCAGGACAUACGUGAUGCUCAUCAUCACCUGGGGUAUCUCCAUCUCCUUUGGGCUCUUGCCUGUCAUGGGCUGGAACUGCCUGAAGGAAGUCUCCGCCUGCAGUGUCGUCAAGCCCUUGACCAAGAACAACCUCAUCAUCCUCUCCGUCUCGUUCUUCAUGGUCUUCGCCAUCAUGUUGCAACUUUAUGUGCAGAUCUGCAAGAUCGUCUGCAGGCAUGCCCAACAGAUCGCCCUCCAGAGACACUUCCUGGCCACCUCGCACUACGUCACCACCAGGAAAGGCAUCUCUACCUUGGCUCUCAUCCUGGGGACCUUUGCCUCCUGCUGGUUGCCCUUUGCCAUUUAUUGCCUGCUGGGAGAUUACACCUACCCUGCUUUCUAUACCUACAUGACAGUUCUCCCUGCCACCUACAAUUCUAUGAUCAACCCGGUAAUCUAUGCUUUCAGAAACCAGGAGAUCCAGAAAGUAUUGUGGACCAUUUGCUGUGGGUGUGUCUCGUCCACUAUGCCUUUCCGGUCCAGAUCGCCCAGUGAUGUCUGA